AUGUCAUCGCCGGGGUUAGGCCUCGACUCACAUGACCCGCCGCCCCCAUCGAUGGCGACCGCCCCGCCCUCGGCGUUCGCUACGCCCCCUCCCGACGUCAUCGCCCGCUGCUUCCCCGCACCUUUUGUCCCCCCGACGCACAUCCCCGUCGCACGUCCCCGUCGCACAUCCACGCCGCCACACCACGCCCCAUUCGUGUCCCUCCCUCGCACGGCCGUCCCCGCGCACGCACAGACCGAUGAUGCAAGCCCACGAGGCCGCGCACCGCCUCCCAGUGGCGCCUGCACGCCCCUCCCCGAUCCAUCUCCCCAUCAGAACCACACCGCUGCUCCGCGAUCUCCCCCAGAUCUGUCGCUCCCGCACCGACCACCCGAGUCCGUCCCCGCCGCGACAUCGACGUCGACGCCGCUGCCCGACUCGCCGCCCGCGCCCGCGCCGCCCCUCGCCCUCGUCCUCCAGAUCCAACACCCGACGACCCGCGUGCCCACAGCUCCCGUGCGCUCUCGAUCCCGCCCCAAACCAGCCAGACCCUCGCAGUAA